AUGCAUCACAUCAAUCCAUCUUUUAUUCCCCCCCUUCUUCUCCGGCAGCUCCUAAUAGUCCUGUUGUUACCAUGCCACCGGAUAAUAUUCACACGCGCCGCUGUGGAUAAGUGGGACCUACUCCAAUCCAACAUUGGCAUAUCUGCCAUGCACAUGCAACUCCUCAACAACGACAAAGUAAUCAUUUUCGAUCGGACAGAUUUUGGGGCAUCAAACAUUUCAUUGCCCAAUGGAAAGUGCAGGAACGACCAAAACGACACCGCUUUGAAACAUGACUGCACUGCUCAUUCUGUCGAAUACGACGUGGCUUUAAACUCAAUCCGCCCCCUGAUGGUCCUCACCGACGUCUGGUGCUCCUCAGCCGCCGUCAUGCCGGACGGAGUUUUGGUACAAACCGGUGGCUUCAACGACGGCGACCAUGUCGUUAGAAUAUUUAGACCCUGUAAUGAUGGUUCUUGUGAUUGGCAGGAAAUAAAAAACGGCCUCGCGCAGAGAAGAUGGUACGCCACCAAUCAUAUUCUGCCAGACGGCCGGCAAAUUAUAAUCGGCGGCCGGCGACAGUUCAAUUAUGAAUUUUACCCUAAAAAAUCAUUGGCCGAGAAAGCAUAUAAUUUGCCGUUCCUGGUGCAGACAAAUGAUCCAAAAAUUGAAAACAAUUUGUAUCCGUUUGUGUUUCUGAAUGUGGAUGGAAAUUUGUUUAUUUUCGCGAAUAAUCGAGCUAUAUUGUUCGACUACACGAAGGGAGUAGUGGUGAGAACUUAUCCCGCCGUGCCCGGCGGCGAUCCUCGGAGUUACCCUAGUACAGGUUCUGCAGUUUUACUUCCAUUGAAGAACUUACAAGGAGAAGCUAUUGGUGCUGACGUGUUGGUGUGUGGUGGUGCACCAAAGGGAGCAUACAUUAAUGCCGUAAAUGGUAAUUUUGUUGGGGCCCUCAAUACAUGCGGAAGAAUUAGUAUAACUAACUCUAAUCCUAUCUGGGUAAUGGAGACGAUGCCUCUAGCUAGGGUAAUGGGUGACAUGGUAUUACUUCCGAAUGGCAAUGUCUUGAUCAUCAAUGGAGCAUCUAAGGGUACGGCAGGUUGGGAACUGGGUCGAGAUCAAGUCUUAUCACCUGUUAUUUAUCAACCUGAGAAAAAAAUUGGGUCUAGAUUUGAGGUUCAAAACCCAAGCUCCAUACCUAGGAUGUAUCACUCCACCGCGAUUUUACUUCGUGAUGGUCGGGUGCUUGUUGGUGGUAGCAAUCCCCAUAUUUAUUACAAUUUUACUGGAGUAUCUUUUCCAACAGAUUUAACAUUGGAAGCAUUUUCGCCAGCAUAUUUGGAUCCAAACUCUGCGAAUAUGCGCCCACGAAUAGUUUCACCAGUUUCACAUACCACAAUUGGGUAUAGACAACUACUAGUUGUUCAAUUUACUCUUUCGGGCGUGCUAAAUAAAGAUUUGGUCACAGUAACUAUGGUCGCACCCUCAUUUACUACACAUUCAUUUGCAAUGAAUCAACGGCUACUUGUGCUCUCUGGGAAUGUGACGAUUGUGGGAACAUCCUCGUACCAAGUUCAGGUUUUGACACCAAGUUUGGUCAAUCUUGCACCACGCGGAUACUAUCUUUUAUUCGUGGUCCAUCGAGAUAUUCCGAGUGAAGGCAUUUGGGUCCAAAUCAAGUAA